ACUGACAUUUUUUGAUGUGAUACCGUUUUCUUCUAGAUAUUUAUUUUUUAACCAUAAAAGAUAUGGAAUGUAAAUUUUGAUUGCAAGUCUUUCAAUUACUUACAGAGUGUUUUUUUUAUUUCGUCUUGUUUUUAAUUUUUUGUUGUGAAAAAAAAUUGUUUAUCAUAUUUAAUUUAGUUUAUGUUUGAGGUGCUUAAAAUACUAUAAUGGAAAAUAUUAGAAUCAUAUUUGUAUUGCAAGAAAAGUUAACUGACGAAAGUGAAGCUUCAGAAAUAAUGCAACAGGCAUUUGAGGCUUGUAAACAAAAUAUUUCAACUAAUGUGGAUUGGAUGAAAGAAUCUGAAUUCGAUUUUUCAACAUUGAAUAAGACGGAUUUUGUAGUUUUUGAUGAAUUUGUAGGAAAGUGUUUCGAAGAACUAAAAACUACCAAGUGUGCCAGAAUUUUGGGGCCAUGGGCAGUGAGUGUAUGCUUGAUGGAAGGUAAAUCAAUUCCCAACUUUCCUUGGCCAAUUUACAAUGUGGCCAUGUAUGAUUGUAUAGUUACAAGUUCCCAUUUGUCUAAGAAUAUCAAAAUGGAAAUAAAGACAAAGGUAGAGUUAAUGGGCGGAUGCUAUGUGGAUACCUUGGUAGCAAAAAAUACACAUUUGGUUACUGGAAGUGCUAAGUCUGAGAAAUAUUUAGCAGCUGCUGAGGCUGGUGUCAAGUUGAUGUGUCCUUCUUGGAUUGAUGAUGUGUGGAAAGUCAGUCAGUCUGUCAAUGCUCAUGCUGAUGAUGACCAAUUCAAGAAACAUACUUGUCUUCCUUUUCAAAAUUUGACAAUUUGUUCGACUGGUUUAACAAAAGCUGCUGAGAGACAAAAAAUAGAGAUGCUUAUUAAGAAAAACGGCGGAAUAUUCUCUGGAAAGCUGAAUCUGACAAAUACAGAUAUCUUGAUAUGCUGUGGUGAAGGAUUAACAAUCAGCGAAAAAUAUAAAGCAGCUCGUCAAUAUCCCCAUAUAAAAUGUGUGAAUUUGUCUUGGGUAACAGAUAGUGUGGCAAAAGGUUACGCCCUUCCUCAUAACCAGUAUCAAAUACAGAAAGUUACAUCAACUCCCACAAAAUCUGAUGAACCUGUCAAUCCAGAGUUCUCCGUUUUGAGCGCCAUUGGAGGUCCGAAUAUGUCCCAAAGAGCUUGGGUAGAAGAAACACUUGCCUCACCAUUUUCACCUGGAAAUGAUAAAGUCCCAAGUGUUAAGAGAAAAGUGAAAGAAGAUUUUGAAGAACUAGUUGAUAGCUUAGACAUCAAGAAGGCAAAAAAUGCAGGACAGUACUUGGACGGAUGUACUGUUUAUGUCACAGGUUUCAGCACCGAACAUACUGAAAAAUUGAAUAAAGUGUUGAAUUUAAGCGGAGCUAAUAGAUAUGACAGUUUCUCAGAAAGAGUGACACAUGUCAUAGUGGGUGAUCCAACAUUUCAUGAGGUCAAGGUUAUCCAAAGCAAAGGCCUUUCAUCUAUAUUAGUUUCAGUUCGUUGGCUAAUUGAUAGUAUUGAACAGACACAUCCAAUGAAUGAGGACAAAUACCUUAUCAAUAGAUCAGAUUUUGAAAACAGUCACUUGGGAUCACCACUGAGCAAAAAGGGUUUGAGUAUGCUUCGAACUAACAGGACAGUUACUCAAAGAGACGUUAAAAACAAUCUCGGCAAUUUCAAUAAUACUGAGGAUAAAAUGGAAGAUGACAUAGUUCGACAGUACAUGAAACAAACCAACACUAACUCCGAAGAGGAUACUUUAGUCAAAUUGUUGGGUAACGUCGAUAACUCUAAUUUUUCAAAGCAGGUGCAAGAGCCGCCAAAAUCAACACUUCAGUUUAAUCCUCCUGAUACAUCAACUCAACAAUCUACAAUGUCUGUUACACAAGAUCUCGAAACAGAGAUUAGUAAAAUAUUUGAAAACUUCAAGUUUCUUGUCAUUGGAUUUGAGGAAGAAGAGUUUGCUGAACUGAAAUCAAAUAUUGAGGGCUUUUAUGGCGAAUUGGUCCCAAAAAAUUACAAAGGCAUUCCUGACUUCAUAGUAGUUCCAGUUUUUAACAAAGAGGAAAUACAUCACAAUGCUACUGAAAUAGUCAACGACCUGUUCAUCACUGAAUGUAUUCGAGAGGAGACACUCCUUCCUGACAUUUUGUAUUAUCACAGACCUUUUGAUGUACCAGACACGAAUCCUCUUGUAAACUGUGUCAUCACGAUCAGCAGCUAUUCGGGCGCAGAACGAGUGUUCUUGAAAAAUCUUAUUGAAGCUUUGGGUGGAGUUGCUCAAGAACAAUUCGCCCGAGUUAGAUCAGAAGCUAAAGGCGUUUUGGCGUCCACACAUUUGGUGAGUGCUGAGGCAACAGGCAAAAAAUAUGAAGCUGCAUUGAAGUGGGGAUUGCCUGUACUUAGCAAAGAAUGGUUACUUGACUGCGCCAAAACUGAACGAUUGGUUUAUGAGGCAGAUUAUUUAUUGGGAACAUCAAAAGCUCCUGAAAGAAAACCUUCAUCCCCACCAGUAGUCGAAACGCUUCAUACAAGUGUGGAAGAUGUAGCGAAAAAUACCACUCCUUCAACCAGUAGGCCUAGUAGUAGGAUUUCAAGGGUUUUAACCCCUGUAAAUCACUUGACACCGGCUUACAAAAGAUUUUUGGAUAGUGCAGAAAAGCCCUUCAGUCAAGUAACACCAGUUAACAAAAUAAUGAAGCAUUUCAGAGAAAGUAACUUAAACUCUUCACUUCCAAAGGAGAAAAAGGAAUACACUUUACCACAACCUUGGAUGGCUAUCAAAACUCCUGAAACUCCUUUGGGGGCUUGUAUGACUCCUAAUCCAUCUCCAGGACUGAGGAAACAGUGUGAGUACUGGCUCCAGCAAUUUCCCGAUAAAGAAUCUCCUAAGAGCAACGUCAGCACUCCUCUAUCAGAAAUAAAGCGGCAACUCUGGAGUAAAGUAUUGAAAAAAAGUGGCCAAUCCCUCGAUUUCGAUCACUCCCAAGGCGAACAACAGUUGGAAGAAAAUAUGGAUAGUGAGGAACUUGCGCAAAAGUGCCCUAGUCAAGGGGUUGAUAAAACUCCCGAAAAUCCCCAAUUGGCCAGUCGACUUCAGCAGUUGGAGGAGAUGUUAAGUGCAAGUGGAGGUGGGAGACGACAAAGUAGGACUUUCCACUCAACAGUUCCUGUUCCUGCCAGAAGUAUUGAAUUCAAAGAUUCACAGCCCUGCACUGUUGGAUGGGAUUUUACAGAACAAGAGGAACCUCGGAAACAAACAAGAAAAUUUGCUAUUUCCGGAGUAGCUGACGAUGUAAAAGCAAAUAUAGUAAAACAAUUGGAGAACUUGGGUGCUCAGGUUUCUAAUCUAACGAACUAUGACCCGACUUGCACCCACUUACUAUGUCCAAAACCUGCCCGAAAUGAAAAGUCCUUGUCCUGUAUGGCAGCAGGAAAAUGGGUUGUCCACACCUCCUAUUUGGAGAAAUGUGUCCAGGCGGGUCACUUUCUCGAUGAAGAAGAAUUCGAGUUUGGAAAUCCUAAAGCAGAAGGUAAAUUCGGUACUCCCCAGGAUAGGGAGAGCGAACUGAGGAUCCAAAGAAUGCAUUGGUGGCGAAAAGAAAUAUCCCGAAGAGGUUAUGGAGCUUUUAAUGAUAUGAGAGCUAUUGUGGUAGCGAAUAAAAGGAAUCCCAUAAUGAGAGUGAUUGAAGCAGGGGGUGGAGUUGUUAUAGAUGUGAAACCUCCAUUUGAUGACACAGUUCACGCUACACAUUGCCUUUUGGAACUGAAGAGUGUAGAGAAUGUUGCGGACUACAUACCACUUGCUAGACAAGGCAUUUACUUAGUGAACACAGUGUAUAUUAGUGAUUACUUACAUCAGCCGAAUAGAGAUAUAAGGGACUGUGUGCUGCCGUACUUUUCAAAGUUUUAUGCUCGCAGUUGAUCAGGCGACUGCAUCAAGUCCUAAUGAUUGAGACUAGAUUAUGUCAUAUUAUGACUUCCGAACUGAAUUAAUUUAAUGCCAUAAUUUUCAAUCACAUUUUUUAUUUUCUUUCUGCUCAUUCAGCUAUGAUGAACGAAUAGGAAGUAUUUUAAUGAAAAUUAUUGUGAUAACUAAUACAUUAAAUUUUAUACACAUAUUGUGUUACUUUUUAAGUAAAAUAUGAAAAAUUGAAAAA